UUAAGAAUAGAAUCCCUUUGUGAGAGAUUAAAGCCAAGAAUCAGACACAACAAAAACCAGCAAUAUUAAAACAAUUCGUCUUCACGAAAACAAAAACAAUAUGGAGGAGCAUAAGAGAAGUUGUGAACAAGGGAGAAAUAAUGCAGGUGGCAGCAGUAUUGAAGGGCUAGAUUUUGUAGUGCAGGAGGUAUCUUCCUCAAUUCUAUAUCAAAUUUCACGUUGCUCAAAUCAUGGAACAUCAAACGUUGGCAUCAUAGAGAUUCCAAUCCAUAAUGCAGAGCAAGAAAUUAUUGGAAUGACUGAAAGUCAUGAUGCUAUUGGAGAGAGCUCUCGAUCAUUAAGUGAUCAUAAUUCGAUAAACGUGGUAAAAAGUGAGAGCAAUGACUAUUUGAUGAUGGAAGCCAUUGACAUAGAGAUAGAGAACGGAGAAGUCCAUGAUUAUGCAAAACAAUCAAUGGUUGAAGAAAAGUUAACACCAAAACAAUCAUCUUUGUCAUCAUUCGAAGAAGAAGAAGAAGAAGAAGAUGAUGAUGAUGAUGAUGAUGAUGAUGAUGAUGAUGAUGAUGAUGAUGAUGAUGAUGAUGAGGAGGAGGAGGAAGAAGAAGAAGAGGAGGAGGAGGACGAUGACGACGAUGAUGACGACGAUGACGACGAUGACGACGACGACGACGGUGACGACGGUGACGAUGACAAUGACAAUGAUGACAAAUAUUCACCAACAGGAUCAUUUUUAGAAGAAGAAGAAGAAGAAGAAGAAGACUCAUUGUUACAAUCACCAAAUUCAACAGAAGAAGAUGAGGAACAUUCACCAAUGGGAUCAACACUUGAAGAAGAAGAAGACUCACCAUUGCAAUCAUCAUUGUCAAUAGGGGAAGAAGAUGAAGAAGAAUAUUCACAAAUGCAAUCAUCAUUUUCAACAGAAGAAGAAGAAGAAGAAGAAGAAGACUCACUGUUACAAUCAUCAAAUUCAACAGAAGAAGAUGAAGAACAUUCACCAGUGGGAUCAAUACUUGAAGAAGAAGAAGAAGACUCACCAUUGCAAUCAUCAUUGUCAACAGAGGAAGAAGAUGAAGAAGAAUAUUCACAAAUGCAAUCAUCAUUUUCAAAGAAGAAGAAGAAGAAGAAGAAGAAGAAGAAGAAGAAGAAGAAGAAGAAGAAGAAGAAGAAGAAAGCAAAAAGAUGUAUAAUUAGCCUUCCACUAUCUGUAAACAAAGUCUAGAGGCAUGACAAUAAAGAAAUGUUUCAUCACUACUUGGCUAAAACAUUUGACAAA